CCUCAAUGUCUCAUCGGAAACUUAACACCACCCAAGGUACGCUACCUAUCUGUCAGUCGCUUUGUCGACGACAAAUUCUGUGGGAGAUGUCGCUGACCAACACUCCAUCAGGCCGACAUUUGUACCAAGUCUUUGAGUUUCUUUCUCUGCCUUCGCCUCUCACCCACUUGAACGAAACCACAGCCAUCUCCACGCACAAUGUCGAACUCUGAACACUUUCGUCUUCCCAUGUCACGGAGACAGAUGAACGCCACCGAUGCAUCUGUUGUAUCGAUCACGGACUCGUUGAGAGACGCUGUCCUCACCAACCUAUCAUUAGAACAGCGCCUCGAACAACAAGCGUCGACUUACCGAAGCCCCGAGGAAUUCCUUAUGCGAAUGCUCUCAAUAAAAUCGGUUGUGUCCACAACCUCAUCCUUUGCCGCCACUCAAGAAGCGGCUGUACAGUCCCCGCAGCAGAUCGGUCUCAAAUCCCUCGAUAUGUUUGGUGUCCCUUAUUCAGAUGAGAAUCUACGUUCUGGCGGCGAACUCACCAAGGCAAACAUCGAACAACCACCUUGA